AUGUUACGAAUUGUGAUCAUAAAGAUUUCAGUAGUAAUCUUCAGCGUAUUAUCUGCGAAUUCCCGAAGCGGUACCCAGGACCAAACAACUACGCGUCCGAAUACAUUGAAUGAUGAUGCUGACGAUAUACAACGACAAUUAGAUAAUGAAGCUCGCGACAAAAUGGCCUAUGGAAAGCCAAAAACGGUGUGGAUUUUCCAUCUGCCCUCGCAAUUCCCGCCAGCUAGUACCAAAUCGUUGUCAAGGAGCUCCAGAAAAAUUAACAUUUUUCUAAAAAAUGCGAAGAUGACAACGAAGAUGCCAGAAAAUACCAGCUUGAUACCGAAAGAAUGGUGUUAUGAAGAACAAAAGGAAUGGUAUAAGUCAUAUCCUCUAUGCGGUGGACGUUCGCAGUCACCAGUCGAGCUACCAGCUGUUGGAUUAGUGACAGUUAAAGGAAAACACCCUCUUUGUUUUAUCAACUAUGACGCCGUCCCGCGCCAUCUUACGUUGAAUAAAAAUGGCCAGCGAGUUAUCUUGUAUGGCGAAUGGGAGCAUGAGCAUCAACCCUUGGUUUAUGGUGGAGCUGCAUACAGUAGGCGAUAUGCCUUCCACUCGAUGACCCUACACUGGCCCUCUGAACACAAGAUAAGAGGCUUCCAAUAUCCCAUGGAGAGCCAAGUUAUCCAUAUAUCAGCUGAGUUUAAAACGUUGGACGAAGCUUUAGCGGCAUCAUUGCGUGAUCCACAAGCCGUACUUGGUAUUGCUAAUUUAUAUAAGUAUAAAAAUCACACCCAACGCGGCUUAGCAGAACUACUGAAUGUGGCCUACAAGUCUCGUGGUAUCAACGCCUCCGUCACUCCCAGAAUUCUGUCUUACUUCAACCCUCCACUAAAACAAUACGCCUGCUACCAAGGCUCGUUGACUGUACCACCAUGCACGGAAUCUGUUCUAUGGCUGAUUAGAGGAAGAGCUCUACCUGUGACAAGGGAGGAUGCGGAAAUUGCCUAUACCUUAAUAGACGACGGCGGUGCUAGAGGAUCACUUGUUCGGCAACCACAGCCACUUAAUGAUAGAAAAGUAUUCUAUUUUAAUUAA